UACGGCACACAUAAAAGUUCCCCUCUUUAAGUUUUUUGCUCCUUAUUCAAUCCUCUCUCUCUCCCUUCUGCAACUCCCUCUCUGUUGAUGUGAUUCUCCACUAUUCCCUCAAGAAGCCCCUCAUUGAGACCUUUACCAAAAGGGAAGAGCAUCAUCACACAAGCCAUGGAUUUUCCUUCUCUCCCACCUUAUCUGGAUCCAUCCAACUGGCAACAGCAACAAACAGAUCAUCACCGAGCUGGAAACUCCAGUGCAAAUACUCAGCUCCUGCCUCCUCCUCUGCUGCCGCCGCCACAACCUCAUGGAGGCGGUGGCCCCGGCUCGAUCAGGCCCCGUUUGAUGGCCGACCAGGCCCGCCUGGCCAACAUACAGAUGCCGGAGGGGCCAUUGAAGUGCCCUCGAUGUGAAUCAAUCAACACGAAGUUCUGCUACUUCAACAACUACAGCCUCUCCCAGCCGAGACACUUCUGUAAGACCUGCAGAAGGUACUGGACGCGAGGGGGAGCGUUAAGAAAUGUCCCCGUUGGAGGCGGUUGCAGGAGAAACAACAAGAGGAGCAAGUCGGGGAGCUCGAAAUCAGGGGCGAGUAGCAGUCAUCGGCAAAUCACAACUCCGAGAUCGGGAUCUACUUGCGUCCCGACCUCAAACGGCGGGUCCAGGGUUGAUGCUACUGAAAUAUUAGAGGUUGGGACACAGCUCCCGUCGCUCGGCCGCUUCAUGGCUCCUUUGCACUAUCUUCCUGAUAACAUGAGUCCAUCAGCUGGCGCUGGACUUAAUUAUAAUACUGGAGCACCUCCACCACUAGGAGACUUGAAUUUCCUGGCAGCAAGCGCCUGCGACAGCGGACCUUUAGAACGGUGGCGCUUUGGGCAUGCACAACCAUUUUCCUCCUCGUGCGGGUUGGAUCCAAACCUAGGAUUGUACCCAUCUGAAGGUGGGUUCGAGUCAUUGAGGGCUCUUAGUGUGAUGCCUUAUGCACCGUCUUCAUCAGCUGGGCUUAUUGCUCAGUUCUCCUCGUCGGUGAAAAUGGAAGACAGCAAUCCGCCCUUUUCUAGGCAGUUUUUCGGGAUUAACCACGAAAAUAAUCACUUCUUGAGCAGUCCCAGCGCAUGGACGGAUCUUUCUGGAUUCAGCUCUUCUUCCACCAGCAACCCCUUAUAGAGAUGCCUUGGUUAAUUUGAUCCUCUCUUUUUGAAGCUUUCAUAUUUCUCCUCCUUUGUUUCAUUUUUUUGGUCAUGUCAACCAAUCCUUCACAGGUAGAAUGAAGCCCUAGAAAUGUUUAGUGAAGAUGUUUGCUGACUGCUCUUAAAGAUGAAACCCUAGAAAUAUCUAUCUUUGUUUUUUGUUUUUGUUUCUUUUGGUGUUCAUUUUGUUAGGCUUGAACUUUGUCACCUGCUCACCUUAGGGACUGUGUAUGACUUUGCCAAGUUGUGAUCAUAUCAUGUUCUGACAGAAUGAUGAACACAUAUUUCACUGGCCAAUCUCCA